UGCAUUCCUAAAUCCGACUUAGCCAUUCCAAAAAAAUAAAAUAAUAAUAAAUAAAUAAAUCAAAUAAAUAAAAAGUAAAAUAAAAAUCUAGUACAUAGAAAGAUGUCUAUGGGAUUGAGCUCGCCAAACAUGGACACCGCAAGGAGAUUGGAGGCUAUUCUUCUCGUAGGCUUAGUUUUUCUCGCUUGCGCGGCCAAUGGUGCAUCCCGUCGACAUCUUUUUGAGGUUGGUGCACCUCGUCGGAGCCUCACUGAUACUACGAACCGAAAAGUAUUCGACGUCACAGCCUUCGGUGCUAAGCCCGAAGCCGGCGAUUCAAAAGGACGCAAAAUGAGAGAGCUUCCCGGCGGUGGAGAUAUAGAUGCUCCUCUACCACAACUUCCCGUUGCUGGUGGCGGCGACUCCGGCAGCGAUGAUGGGAAUGAUGACGGUUCGAAUCCCGAUGCUGACAAUGAUACUGGAAUGGCAUUCAUUAAAACGUGGGUGGCCGCAUGCAGGGGAGAGUACAAGGGUCCAGCAAAGGUUCUUAUUCCAAAAGGCACAUUUUUGGCCGGACCUGUUGUGUUCCAAGGGCCAUGCACCAGCUCCAAGGAGCCAAUCGUUUUGGAAAUUCAGGGAGAAGUGAAAGCCACCACCGAUUUGAGUGAUUAUUCCUCUCCUGAAUGGAUCUCGUUCGAAAAUAUUGACGGUUUGAUUGUCACCGGUGAUGGAGUUAUCAAUGGCCAAGGCGAGAAAACAUGGAACGGUGCCGGCUGCCAUAGCGACGACUGCCCUCAUUCCCCAUCCAACAUAAAAUUCCAGAAGGUUAAGAAUGCACUUAUCGAGGGGAUCACAUCCUUGAACAGCAAGUACUUUCAUUACCACAUCACCGACUCCAGCAACGUUACCAUGGACAAUGUGCACAUUACUGCCCCUGGCGAUAGCCCUAACACAGACGGAUGCCACAUCAGUAAUUCCGACAACGUCAAAGUGAUCAACAGCAUCAUCGGAACCGGGGACGACUGCGUUUCAGUCGGCCAGGGCGCCCGCCAAGUUACCAUCAACAACGUUACUUGCGGCCCUGGCCAUGGCAUCAGUGUUGGAAGUCUUGGUAAGUACAAGGACGAACAGCCCGUAGUCGGUGUCACCGUGACCAAUUGCACAUUGUCGAACACAACCAACGGCGCCAGAAUCAAAACUUGGGCCGGGCCGAACAGAGGAGAAGCAAGAGGAAUUAUAUUCGAUAACCUCGUCUUGGACCAUGUGAAAGCCCCAAUUGUCAUCGAUCAACACUAUGGAGAAAAGAAAAGUGGGGGAGACAAUAAAAAUGCGAAGGAUCCAAACUCCGGAAAGCAAUCCCUAUAUAAGCUCAGUGAUAUUCACUUCAGAAACAUUAAGGGCACCUCGUCGCACAACGUUGCCGUGUCACUAUCAUGCAGCGCUACAAACCCUUGCGACGGGGUUGAAUUGAAUAACAUCGACAUUGCCUUAGGAGGAGCCGGCACCGCCAAAAAAACAGACGUUGCAUCGGAAUGUUACAACGCAAAGGUUACUACUAAGGGCACAAUGAAUCCAGCAGCACCAGCCUGCCAAUAAGUAAUUCGAUUGGAAUAUCUUCUGUGUACAAGAUUUCAGUAUACUUCAUCUAAACAAAGAAAAAAAAAAGAUAUGUAAAAAUACACAUCUACUGUAUUAACUAUUCUUAAUUAGAUCUUUCUCUCUCUGCCGUCUCUAUGUGUAUAUAUAGACAUUGUACGUACACAUAUAGUACCCUCAAGUCA